CCAGCGUCGUUUUUUGUGCUGUUGUCAGUUGUCAAGUAUCCAAGAAUGAUCGCCUUCAAUUUGUGUUUGUUUUGGUAGUUCAGAUUUAAAAUAUGUAUUUUUAACUUUGUGCAGAGUUUAUUGGCCAGGAUUCAACAGUAAAUAAAGAUCGGUGCACGGACAAUGGAUUCAUUCUUAAGUCUUUUUGAUCCCAACAACUGCAACGACAGUGCAGACGACUUUGCAAUAGGAAAUCUCAACAACCAAAAGGCCCUCCCGCCAGAACCCCAAGUCGGCAACAUUGAGUACAAAUUGAAAAUCGUAAAUCCAACGAAUCAAAGAUUUGAACACCUGGUGACACAAUUGAAGUGGCGACUACGCGAAGGCAAUGGCGAAGCCAUCUACGAAAUCGGCGUUGAAGACAGUGGUAUUUUGGCGGGACUGUCCCAAUGGGACAUGACCGCUAGUCUACAGACUCUUCAACAAAUGGCCCUGAAGCUGGGAGCAACAACAACAAUUCUCAGAGAACGCACUCUGGACAACGGUCGCAGCGUUGCAGAAGUUCUAGUGAGAAAGAUCCCUGAUGACCAAAACAACAUUGAAGUUCGCGUAGCUGUAUUGGGAAAUGCGGAUGCCGGUAAAUCAACCUUACUGGGGGUCCUUACACAGGGAAGUCUCGAUAACGGGCGCGGAAGAGCAAGGCUGAACAUGUUCAGACAUCUACAUGAGAUUCAGAGUGGGCGCACUUCUUCCAUUUCACAUGAAAUAUUAGGGUUUAACUCUCAGGGUCAACCGAUCAAUUAUAGCUACAGUGAGUUGAUAACAGCUGAAGAAAUUUGUGACAGUUCUACAAAGCUGGUAACAUUCUUGGAUCUUGCUGGGCACAAGAAGUACAUCAGGACCACAAUCCAGGGUCUCUCUGGAUAUUCACCACAUCAUGCUAUGCUUGUAAUAUCCAGCACUGCAGGAGUGGUGGGGAUGGCUCAUGAACACCUGGCAAUAGCAAUAGCCCUAAACGUGCCAUUUUUCAUAGUCAUAACGAAAAUCGAUUUAGUUUCACCUACAAAUACUCUUCAAUCUCUCGAGUCAUUUUUGAAACAAGUGGGCAGUCGACGUGUGCCGCUGGUAAUUAAAAGUCUGGAUGAUGUCAUAACGGCUGGUGCAAACCAACUAACAGAAAAUGUAGUACCUAUAUUUUGCGUAUCAAGUGUGAGUGGAGAAGGGUUGGAGCUUCUCCUGAAAUUUCUUCAUGUCUUGCCACCUGGGAUAAGUGCCAAGGAGAAAGAGCGUUUGGAACAAGAAUCUCCCGAAUUUCAAAUCGACGAAAAUUUUAAAGCUGGUGACGUGGGUCAGAUAAUCGGAGGGUUGUUGACUAAGGGCGUUAUAACGGAGGGAAUGCAGAUGCAGAUUGGACCACAGAAAGACGGAAGUUUUCAGAAUGUCAUGGUUAAGUCGAUUCAUCGGAAUCGAGUACCGUGCCGAAUGGUCAGGGCUGGCCAGAGUGCAGCACUAUGUCUGAAUAGUUACAUCCGCGGGUUGAGAAAUGGAAUGGUCUUGCUAAAGGCAGAUUCCAGUGCGAGAGGGUGUCUAUUCUUUCAGGCAAGCGUAUCGGUGUUGUUCCACGCUACUGCGAUUUAUCAGGGGUACCAAACCACCGUCCACAUUGGGAAUAUUCGACAGACGGCGGUGGUGGUGGGCAUUUUUCCUUCCAAUUGUAUUCAUACCAAUGAAAGAGCGUCAGUAUUAUUUAAGUUUAAGGUACAUCCGGAGUAUGUCACUGUAGGACAAAGACUGCUAUUCAGAGAAGGCGCUGCCAAAGGCAUUGGUGAGAUUACACAAGUAUUUCCGCUUCCAUACAAACCAGAAUCAGAGUAAACAAAUAUCCAAUUUUAGAGUAAUUUUUAACUGUUACAAAUUAACAUAGGAGAAGUACUUAAAAGUAAUGUUUUUAAUCUCACCAUUGACAAAUUUAUUUUUUUAUUUGUUAAUUUAAUUUUAAUAGACGUGAUUUUAUUUAUUUAAAUUAAGUAAAAUAUAUGUAUUUGUAAGUGUAUAUAAAUUUUAAAAGUUCAAAAUUUUUAAAAAACUCUUGAUGUUUUUAAAUCAACAUUAAUAAUGUACAAGGAGAUCUAGUACAAAAUUAGAGUCAUGUAAUGACAAAAUCUGUGAUUGUAAUUUAAGAAAUUUUGUAGUAUCAGUGUUAUCUAAUUGCACAUCUCUUGUAAUUUAUAUUCAAAGAUCUCUGUCAUACAUAAAUAUAUGUUAUACCAUACAA